ACAGUGGAUGUCAUCACUUCCUGACUUUAUGUUGUUAUUAACUUAUUUUCUUAUCAUGGGAAAAGUUUAGUUUAAAUGUAUUUACUCUAUUGUCAAUAAAUAAGAACAUUUAAUCUUUAAAAUACUAAAAAAGAUGCUAAUGAAAGCACAAAAGUUGUUCAAAUAAUGCAAGUAAAAAAUUGUUUUUACCUUAUUUAGGUUUCAAAAUGUAAAGGUGGAAAACAAAGAAAAAUGGAAAACGGGGUUUUAAGAAAAAGUUUAGAAUUGAAAUCUUUGCAGGACUUGUCUGUGAAAGCAUCCCACUUAUACUACAACAAGUUACCCAUUCGAGUAGCUUCUGAAAAACACUGUUACAAACGACGUUCAUGGUUGUUGCCAGAAGGAGAAACUGUUGCUGAAAUAUAUCGUCAAAUUCAAGGACAGAAAAGGUCAAGACCAAUCACAUCUGGACAGCGAAUUCCACAAGUUUUGUAUUACAUUGAUGCAUGUUUAUUGCUUAAAAACUUGUUUAAAAUAUCAGCCGAACAAUUUGAAGAAUCUCGACGAAAUGAACUGGAUUCUGAGAUAAAGAAAUUAUUUGGAGCUUUUGAAAGACGGGUACAGCUAAAAGAAGAAAAGAUUGAUACGUUGCUUGGAUUCUACAUUCAUCAACAUCACAUGAGAGAAGGGGCUACAAACUUACUAACAUCAUUAGAGGCAAUUCAAACGUCUAAUAAAACGACAAGUAAAACUUUGAGACAGCGAGCUGAACAAUGUAAACAGCAGCGAGUCAAAAAUAUAGAGAGAUUACUAGCUAUAGAAGACGAAUUAAACACUAUGGCAGGUGCCAUAAAAUUUCAAAUACUAGGUCUUGCAGGUUUCUCAAGAGUGAUUCCAGGUGAUGUUUAUGAGGUUGGUUUUAAACUAGACAGUCAAAAAUGGAAAUCAAAAUGUAAGAUUAUUCCUCAAGGUCAAACGUGGAUUGAUCCUGAGUUCUGUUUCAAGGCGAAUAUGGGGCAUGACUUCAAUGUUAAGAUGAUAGAGUUGGGUAAGUUUGGAAAAUCAACACUCAUUGGCUCAGUGGCUUGCUCAAUACAAGAAUUUCUGUUACCGCUACCGCAGGUUUACUUGCUACCAAUUAAUGCUAAUGGAACUAUAAAAAUAAAACUGGGAGUAGUUUGGAGUGCCUUGGAUGAAAAGGACCAAAAAGCAUUUUCUAAUUACAAGAAGUUAUCAUUACCAGCCGAGGUGAAUUUCUCUAAGAUUCCUGCUGUAAAUUUACGAGGAGUUUUUCAAAACAAAUUUCCUUCAUCUCGUAAUGCUUCAAAUAUGAAUGGCGAAGCCCUUAGCCGUUCUUUUACUAGCCCAAGUACCACCUCACCGCAGCGUGAUAAGCUAUUUCGUGUCAAGUCGUCUUCACCACGCAAUAGCCCGGGUGAACGUCGAAAAAAUAUUAAAGAUGAGGAAAAGCGUAAGAAUUCGUAUGAACGCAAUCGUUCAAGUCCUUUGAGUAGAAUCUUGCAUGAAAGCAGUCACUCUUUGGCGAAUAGUUUAGACUCACGUAGACACAGCAUGGAAAAUGGGUCUAAUGUACUAAUUGCAGCAGGUCCACCAAGUCGAGCUUUAAGCGCAAACCAUCUUAAUGAAAUUAACGCAAGGCUUUAUGAUAAUCGCGUUUAUAAUGAUGUGCGCAGUACAACUAUUCCAAUAAAAGCUAAUUUAUCAGAACACAGUUCAAGCAGUUGGUCUGGAAAUAACGCAAAAGAGGAGGAGAAAGUGUCCCAACCACGCCCACAAACGCACAGUCAGUCUCCCAAACCAGUUAGAACACCACCAGCAGUAAAACCGAAACCUCGACAAAGACAAGUACCCAGUUUGGGUCCAAUUAUCGAAGAAACGUUAUAUGAUGAAAAAGCAGCUACUCCCAGAAUGAUUGAUUUUUGUCAGAUUAUUAUUGACAUGUUAACAGACAGACAAUAUAUACAUGUUCAAGGUUUGGUUGAUAAAAUGCGGGAGUUAAAGCUGUCUUUAGAGCAAUUAAAAACACGACAAAACAAAAGACCAUCUGUAACAGACUCAAUCGCAAGUGCAUUGGGUAGUUUUUCAUUUCUCGGUGAUGACGAAGAUCAACAUAAGUCAUCAGACCAUGUAUCGGAAAGCCAUUCCACUCCAACGGUUCUUAUUCUUCCAAGACAGUGGAAGCAGGGUCAUCGUGCCUUGUGCCACCAUAUGUAUAUGCUGUACGACUUGAUUGCAAUGUAUCAACCCAUACGAGGGGUGCUACGUGAAAAAGAAAAUCUGCUUAUACAUGCCUUUGUUAAACAAAAGUUUUUUGUAACGGAGUUACUAAAAUUGGUUUCUACACCUGAUGAAAUUGAUUUGCACCGAGUUUGUAAGCAAUAUACUGGCAGUGGAACGCUUACUAACACGUGGGAAGUAUCAGCAAGUCCUGACCUGCCAUUACAUUGUUCUACGGAUGCCAUGUUGGAAACUUUUCAAGCCUUGUAUCAACACAUUGAGAUUGAAGACAACAAUAAUGGCAUCGGUGUGAAUGACGCAAAUGUUAAAGAUGCAGUGUGCAGGAAAGCUGUGGAAAAUCUCUGCGAAACACACUUGUACACGACAGACAGCAAAGUGAUCAGUCUACUACAGUUUGUGGACUUCUUUAAAACUAAAAUAAAAACUAAUGUCGUUAUGGACUUCUUAAAGAAUACAAAACGCGAAGUGUUAGCGUUGGGAGCCCUUCGAUCUACAGACGAUCUGGUCAUAAUUUCUAAUCUUCAGCAACAUCAUACGAUACCUGUGCUAGCAUCUUGCAUCAACGAUUUGUUGUUGUUAAUUGUUGGAAACAAAACAUCCACUAAGAAUGCAGCAAUAAACGCAAUGGUAAAGUUGCAUGAAGGGACGUCUAAGAAAACGCUGGAAAAUUUGUUACUGCUGUCUUUGGAAGAAAAGGAUUUCCGUCUACGAAUCGGUGCUUGCUUUAUGAUUGGUAAAUGCAAGAUUAAGGCUGCUUCUGAACAUUUGGUUGAUGUUUAUCAAUCUGACGAUGCUAUUGUACGGGACGCAGCCAUAGGUGCUUUGAAAGAAUUAGGUGUUUACAUUAAGACGUAGUUUACUGACAUAGUGGAAAUCAUGUGUGAUAGUGAACACUGUGCCAUCUUAAAGGAAUGGUUUUUAUGUGGUACCAUAAACAUCAAAAUUACAUCUGUUUUAGUUACUGAGAAGAGCAGGAUACAAUACUGGGUAACAGCUAUAAGUAAUGAUAUAAUUGUGUUUUUACGUGCGGAACGAAAUAGAGCAUAUCAUGAUUAGUUUUCUUGCCAUAGUACAAUUUUAUUAAAAAUGAGCAUUUGAAAUAAAGCUAAUCUUUGUGCUAAAAUGGAAACUUCUACUUUUGUGAUCAACUUCUAUACUGAAAUAAGUGCGUCUACUUAAGCAGCCCAUGUUGAUAUCUGUUAUGGAAAUAUUAUUUUGUAAAAUAGUCUUAUUUAUUCUUUUUUAAAUAUAAUUUUCGUAUUAUAUAUAGUCAUUGUAAUUAUUAUUUUUCAUACAAACUUAUUUUCUUGUUUUUGUAAGAUUAUGAGAUAAUAUUUGAAGCGAGAUACUCAAACGCGUUUCGAACUCUUCCUCUUUGCGCCAACCAUAAAAAAGACGCCUGGGACGAGAUUGAACUCGCUUGUUGUUGUUAUUAUUUUGUUAUUUUUGUAUUGUUUAUGUGUCUUUAAUUAUCCCUUUUUUAUCGUUCUUCGUUCUAUAUUUAAAAUCACUUCGUCAUAUCAAGUUUCUUUGCAUUUCCAGGAUAUUUUUACAAUAUCGUCUUUAGGUCUCUUGUUAUUUUUAGCAGUUGACUACAACUAAAGAGCUAAUAACAAAGGUUGUGGACACAAAUUCAUGUACAAAUAUAUAAAUAAAUAUUAUAUUUUUGACAGUAAAAAUGCAUUAAAAUGAAAUCUUGUUUCUUAA